GCAAUAGUUCUGGGGGGCCCGCAAGGGAGGUGGCAGUCUCUGGAGCAGCUGAGGAGGCUCAGCCAGAGUUUAAAACUAUCACAGACUGCCCCGUCUCUCCAUCUUCUGCAACUUGAAACUGUCCACUUCACAAAGGACCUCAAAGCACAUCUGUUUGCUUUAAGAGAGACUGCAAGGAUGGAGGCCAUCAAGAAGAAGAUGCAGAUGUUGAAGCUGGACAAGGAGAACGCCAUUGACAGGGCAGAGCAGGCGGAGGCAGACAAGAAAGCAGCGGAGGACAAGUGCAAGCAGGUGGAGGAUGAGCUGGUAGCUCUGCAGAAAAAGCUGAAAGGCACUGAGGAUGAGUUGGAUAAAUAUUCUGAAGCCCUGAAGGAUGCCCAGGAGAAACUGGAGCAGGCAGAAAAGAAGGCGACAGAUGCUGAAGGGGAGGUGGCCGCUCUGAACCGCCGGAUCCAGCUGGUGGAAGAAGAAUUGGACCGUGCCCAGGAGCGGCUGGCCACAGCCUUGCAGAAACUGGAGGAGGCAGAGAAGGCAGCCGAUGAAAGUGAAAGAGGCAUGAAGGUGAUUGAAAACAGGGCUAUGAAAGAUGAGGAGAAAAUGGAAAUCCAGGAAAUGCAGCUGAAGGAGGCAAAGCACAUUGCAGAGGAGGCUGACCGCAAAUAUGAGGAGGUUGCCCGUAAACUGGUCAUUCUUGAGGGAGAACUGGAAAGAGCGGAAGAACGAGCAGAGGUGUCUGAAGCGAAGUGCAGUGACCUGGAAGAGGAGCUGAAGAACGUCACCAAUAACCUGAAGUCUCUUGAAGCUCAGUCCGAGAAGUACUCUGAAAAAGAGGACAAAUAUGAAGAGGAAAUCAAAAUUCUCACUGAUAAACUCAAGGAGGCUGAAACCCGAGCAGAGUUUGCAGAAAGAACUGUUGCAAAACUGGAAAAGACUAUUGAUGAUCUAGAAGAAAAAGUUACCCAAGCAAAAGAAGAGAACUUCAGCUUGCACCGAACACUGGAUCAAACCUUGAAUGAGCUUGGCAGCAUAUAAAUCAGUUGGAAAAUGUAAUGACUUCUGAUCACUCUAAAAGCCAUGCUUGGAAUGAUAGCUUCCUCUUUGAUCCUGCCUAACUCUUUAAAUCAUGCAAACUGCGAAUAAGGGACCAAAUAUAUCUAUCUUGUUUUGGGGCUCUGGGCAUGGAUCUAAUUAUGUUUCUUCCUGUCAUGUCAUAUACUACAGCAUGUUUUAAAAAUCAGAAAGUUGAGCAUAUUCUGUAUGUGGCGGGGGUGGGGGUGGGGCUUGUGAUAUUUUGGGCAGCAUUCUGUACAGAACACAAGAAUAUUUGAAGCUUUGUGGGAUGAGGAUUCACACAGUGUGAUGUUCAGAAUUGCUUGCCUAUUCCUCGUCCUCCACAGAAACAACUGGUGAAGGGGUGUAUUUACUUUCUUGCCUGCCUUGUUUUAAAAAGUUUAUUUUGGGGGAGGAGGGACAUAAAACUAGUUUACUUUGUGUUUUAUGAUGCCUUCUAAGGCUGCAUUUAUUCUGUGGCUUCCUGGUUUACAGGAAUGUGCCAGCAUGCAUCCUUGGGUUAUGUCCUGAAAGAUUUGACAAAUGAACCAGAUCAUCAGCCUUUUCCAGUUGGCCAAUUUCUUUCAAAUGUAUUGUAGUCUGACAGGAAAUAGCUUUUUUAUUGACCUGUAUUUAUUAAACCGUUUCUAGGUAGUGGGGAAUGAAGUUGAGCCAUUGCGAAUGCAUUUAGUUCCCUGAUUGUAGCUUCUUUGCUUUUGGUCUAAUAAACUUUUUUGUAGACAUUCUA